AUGGUGAGCUUACCGAGUGAACGGCUUAGCCAAGUCCUGUCAGCCGAAGGUGUGGGACAAAGACUACGUAGCAAAACGAGUGCGACCAUGGGACUCGCGAUGGGCAGACUUCUACUCUUGCCCGGUGCGAUACUCGCGCUCAGCGUGCAACAUACACUGGCGAGCCCUCUAGAGGCGAGGGAAACCACCAACAACAGUCUCGUAGCACCUAUUGACUUUGCGCCCGAUGGGAACUGGGAUGGCAUCGAUGGAUCGUGGUCGACGUUUGCGAUUGGCAUCGGGACUCCAUUUCAGUACAUAAGGACAUUCGUCUCGUUAGCGGCAUACCAGACUCUCGCAGUACUACCGGUAGGAUGCCAAAGCGCGACGAGCUACUCAGCGUGCGCGAAUAAUCGUGGUGGAAUCUACAACGAGACCGCAAGCAGUAGCUUCCAGUCAAUCGGUAUUUACAACUGGAUGAUAGAGUCAAACUUGGGUAUCGAGGGGAAUUCACAGUACGGUUACGACACGGUUGCACUUGGAAAUGGAUCAAAUGGGCCGACACUAAAGAAUACCACCGUGGGAGGUUACGCAGUAGCCGACUUCUACCUGGGCAUCUUUGGCGUCAACCCGAAGCCGACAAACUUCACCACAUUCGACAAUGGGUCGCCCAGCUACAUCUCGCAACUGAAGGAGCAGAACCUGAUAUCAAGCAUAUCGGCUUCGUACACAGCAGGCGCACCAUACAGGUCCAACAAGGUACCAGGCACUCUGACGCUCGGUGGCUAUGAUUCUAGCAAGUUCGUGCCCAACGAUGUGGAGUUCGUUUUCUCGGGCGACAACACCCGAGAUAUUGUGGUGGGUGUGCAGUCAAUUAGCACGCCUUCCCAAAACUCGUCAGACCCGGUCGCGGUGGAAAUGCUACCUGGACCAAUCUUCGCAUUUGUCGACAGUACGGUGCCCCAGAUCUGGUUACCUGCCGACGCUUGCAAGAUCUUCGAGUAUGAGUUCGGCCUGAUGUAUGACAACAAGACGGAGCUGUAUCUCGUCAACGAUACCCUACAUAGCAGUCUGAUCGCGAGGAACGCCAGCAUCACAUUCGGCCUGGCGCAAAGCACGACUGGUGGUGAGGUUGUGCAGAUCACACUACCUUAUGCCGCAUUCGAUCUGGAGGCAUCUCCGCCAUACCAGGGCCUGGCGAAUCAGACCCGCUACUUCCCCUUACGACGUGCUGCCAACGACUCCCAGUAUACGCUUGGCAGGACUUUCUUCCAGGAGGCUUAUGUGACCAUUGAUUGGGAGGCGCAGCGCUUCAAUGUCUCACAAGUACAGUGGACGCAGAACGCGCAGUCGCAACUAAUCGCCAUUGCACCUGGGUCCAUGAGUGCGAAAACUACAUAUCCUGGCACUGGCACGUCUUCUUCGUCCCAGUCAAAAGGUCUUACGGCAGGUGCCAUUGCUGGCAUAGUCGUUGGUGUAAUCGCUGGCCUCAUAGUACUGGCAUUGUUCUUGUUCUGGCUCAUACGCAAGCGAAGACAAUCUGCCAAAGCAAAGGCUGAAGCCGCAGCGGCCGAGAAAUUGGACGAGGACGGCUCCGUCGUGACUAGUGGGCGCGGCAGUCAACCGACCGUCUUUCCAAAGGCAGAGCUUGAAGGCUCCGCCCCAAUCCCGCCUGGCCAACGCGACUCGGACAACAGACGGUUGCUGUCCGCUCACGGCUCAGACCCAGACACCCCAGGCACCAUGGGUGCUCCAUCGUCUGCUGGGUACUUCCGCGAUCAACGCGGUAGCUCUGCUUAUUCUCCCUCGACUCCAGUGGCUGGCGAGGGUACACAUUCGAGUACGCAGAGUGAGAGCAACGGCACGCAUAGCUCUUCCAUACUCUUCUCACCAUUAUCGCCGUCAAACGCUAGCGAAGCAGACAGCAAAGAGCGGCAAGUCUACGAGAUGGCGGGCGACAUGCCUACCAUCAAGGAGAAGGACGGCAAGGCUUUGAGUGAGAAAGAGGCCAUGCAACGUCGGGAGAGAGAAUACAACGGUGUCGAUACGAGUCCUGUUUCUGCACCUGAGCAGGACGAGCAGCCGGCGCGAGAACGAAGACUGAUGAAUCCAGAAGAGGUCGUUCAAGCGGAUAACAGCCGUCUUGCCUUGCCUGACAAUUUCACCCGGCAUCGUGCAUUCUCGUUUGAAGAGCAGCGAGGCGAUCUUGGAAAGGUGACGGGAACAGAGGACUCGGACGAGCUCUACUCUGCGCGUUAG